UUUCGAUUUUUGAUUCCUUCGAUUCUCACGACGUUUGUCCUGCAUUUUCUCUUCUGACUUUCGGUAUCUUUUCACUGCGAAGCGUAUUCGAGGCUGCAAGAGAAUUUCUCUCUGCCUUGGAUCUACUGCUGCUCAAUCAACGUUCCGGAAUGCUUUGAUGUGAGGCGUUGUGAGGUGGGAAUACGCUGCCUUAAGCUCAACCUUCCUUUGAAAUUUUGCACAAUGUGGUGGAAUAUCUUUGCACAGAGAGCUGUAACUUCAGUAACCAGUGCACCAGGUGCUACCGCUGUAGCAGGGAAGAGUACAGCUGUAGUUGUAUCUACCAGCGCUGCUCCAUCGGCUACCUCUGUAGAGGCAUCAACAACUGCAAGCAGCGUAGCUCCGGUUGCAACGGCGACAGAAUCAUCCAUCCAAUCCUCGUCGGCUUCAGAAGCGACAAGCAGUUCGUCAUCUGCUUCACAAGUUCUUACGAGUACAACUGCCCCUACAUCCACAGGCUCACCAUCAAUUGAAAAUAUAUAUCCUGUUUGUGCACGAGCAUGCAUCUCACCUGCCAUCUCCGCAAUAGGCUGCACUGCCGACAGUGCAACCUGUCAAUGCUCCCCUUCAGAUGCCACUGCAUUCGAUAAUGCUGUCACACCUUGCGUUGAAGCAGCAUGCAAUGCAUCUGAUCAAUUCCUCGCAAUCGAAGCCAAUGACGAGUUGUGCGCAACGUGGUCAUUAUCUUCUUACACUGCUGCGCUCUCGACAUAUUCAAUCUCGUUUAGCACGGCCGGCUUGGGAGGAUUCUUGACAACUGCCAAGACAACAUCGAAGGCUGGAGCGCAGCAGACGGGCAUUGGGACUGGUUCGACCUCCAAUUCUGGGCAACUUUCCACGUCCACUUCGGGUCUAUCAGCAGGCGCAAAAGCGGGGAUAGGUGUGGGUGCAGCAUUGGGAGGACUGAUAAUCAUUGGACUUAUUGUUUUCGCAUUUGUAUAUGGUCGACGAUCAGCAAAACCAAAGCCCGAACCGGAAGCGCCAUCAGACGUGAUACCUCAAGUCGAAACGGAUGGGAAGGUGGAGCUGGGUGAUGAAUCAAAGGGGGGAAUCAAUACUGGGGUAGUGGAACUCAAGGGCGAUAUUCAACCCAUUUACAUUCGACCAUUGAACGAGGAAGAGAAAGCGGAGCUGGAGAGCAGGCGCAGAGCUAAGGAGUUGGAAAGUAAAGUGAGAACGGAAAUUGUGGUUGUGAGUCCAAUUGCGACUGAAAGAUAUGAAAUCGAGGGCGUAGAGAGACAUGAACUAGAGGCGCUCAGGAGAGAGGCAGGCGUGCGGCAUGAGUUGGGGUGAGAAACAGAUAAUCCUUGGGAUGAUAUCGACAUCACACCUUGUACGAUUCCAUCAAGUCUUAUGUGUGAGACAACGUUUAAUGCUCGCUUAGACUGGUGACCAUUGUCCUCAAUUGAGUCCUAAGCAUACCCCUAUCUACAUGUGAUGGGAGAUGACUAACUCACAACUCCAUGC